UCAGACAUGUCAGCUUCUGUGAUCCAGGCCAUCCUCUUCCAAACCAGAAAUUACUACAAGAGUGUGUCUGAGAAGAAGGAAAUAGUCAAGCUAAUCUCUGUGCUUAGCAACUCCAUCACCUCCACUAAAAAGGAAGUGGUGACUGCACUGGACCACUUUAGCUGUUACCAUCACAUCUGGAGAAAAGACCGUGAUGAUACCAUGAGGAUCUUCAUCCAGGGGAGCCCCUUGUUAUCAGAUUUUGAGAGCCAGAUCCUUUUCUAUCGAGAUCUGGAGCUGGAAAGAAACUCUGAACCAGAGUAUAUUACUGUAGGCGCUCUGGCGCUAUUCACAGCACCCCUAAAGAUGUCCCUCAAUGCUGAAAUCAAGAAUUGGAUAGUGGACUAUGGACUUUACUGUAACAGGAAAUUCCGCUCAGAGAUGGAGCACAUCUUUGCUUUCGUUGAUGAAGCAGAAAAGAAACUGAAUCGACAGAUCAAAGACCUAUAUGACAUUCGUAUUGCCAUGGCUGCACUGAAGGAGAUCAGAGAGCACCAGAUAUCUAUUGAUUUUCAAGUUGGACCCAUAGAGGUAAACCACAGCAUUGCAUAUUUCAAACCAUAUGGUAGUUAGUGACCCUCUUUUUAUACACACAAUUACACACAGUGAGAAAGAGACAAAAGAGACGCAAGAAAUCAUUGCUCCUCUGUUACUGUUUUAGUAGUGUGGGCAUAGUGAAUCCUGGAAUCCUGUACAAGAAGCCUGGAAACAAAUAAUCACACAUUUACAAAUCAAGAAUCAAGAAUACU